AUGGAUCCCUUCGUGGAUCCCUACCGCUCCGCGCGUCUACUCUACCGCGCACCAGAGGACAAUCCAACAGACGAAGCAUUCUUCCAAGCUCUCUACUCCGACCCGUUAAUCGCGUCUAUGGCCUCGGGCGUCCUACACCGCCCGCUUAACACUAAAGAGCAGAAGGAUUUGCGAACGCAAGUCGACGCUAUGAUGUUCAUGUCAGUCGUGAUAUGUAUCAUCCCAGACGAGGGUUCCGACAAGGAGCCCGAGACAAUUGGAGUGAUCUCGUUAAAAAAGAAAGACGCUUUGGUUGUACAUAAUCGCACGUAUGAGUUCGGAAUUACUAUUGCGCGUCAGUACCAGGAUAAGGGGUAUGGGUCGGAGGCUAUCUCGUGGAUGCUGGAUUGGGCUUUUUUGACCGCGGGGCUGCACCGCGUUGAGUUGACGGUUUUUGAGUGGAACGAGAAGGCGCAAAGGGUGUACCAAAAACUUGGGUUUGUAGCUGAGGGGCGGAAAAGGGAGUCUUUGUGGAAGGCUGGGAGGUGGUGGGAUACCAUCUUGAUGGGAAUUCUGGAUCAUGAGUGGGAGGCGAGGAAAAAGGCUGUCGAUUCUUGA